CACACCCCCGCUCCCUUGUCAGACUCUCACACUUGCUUCCAAUGUUCCGUUGUACCUGCUGCUGAUCAACACUGAGGCUGUGAAGCUGUUCUAUCGAAACUGAAAUAAUGAAGUUACCGUCGCUCCUUAUCCACGUGGCCAUGGUGCUUGGCCUUUGGGUUCUUAAAGGAGGUCUGUGUGAGGAGGAGUUGUGUCCGUCAGGAUGGCUGGAGUUCGAAGAACAUUGUUACUACUUUUCCAAGGUCAGGGAGACAAAAUCGUGGGACGGAGCUGUAUACGACUGCGAGGCCAAGGGGGGCCAUCUGGUCAUCAUCCGGAGCAUCAAGGAGAGGAAAUGGCUGGAAUCAAAACUUUCUAAUACAUCCUGGAUCGGCCUGACUGACAGAGCAGUUGAGAGUGAGUGGAAGUGGAUCGAUGGAACCCCUUUGAAAGACAGCCUAGCGCGCUGGGAUCCAAUUCAGCCUGACAACUGGAAGGGAAAUGAACAUUGUGUUGAGAUAUAUGAUUGGAAUGACUGGAAUGACUACGACUGCAACGUGAAUAAACACUACGUCUGCAAACGCUGCCUCGAUUGCGAUGAGAUGAUGUACAACGGCAUUAAAGGCACCUGCAACCUCCAAGUGGAUGUGUACCAGGAAGUUACCGAAGUGCUGUUCAAGGACCGUCUACGCGCGGGCCGCAUCAUCGUCAUCCAGGCAAAAGUGAAGCCGAACCCGACCAAGUUUGUCGUCCACCUAUCUAUGGGCCACGGUAAAGACACCCCGUUGCGCAUCGAAGUUGAUUUCAAAGCUGGGGACCUUGAGCUGUUGACCCGCGUCGGUAGUCACGUUGGUGGAACGUAUGUCAGCAAAGUCGUCAAGAAGGACUCCUUCCCCUUCGCAGCUGGAAGCAACUUUGAGAUGACCAUCGAGUGCGGCGACAUUUUCCGCUUAGCCGUCGGCGAGGACUACGUGGUGAAUUACGAGAACGAUGGCUAUGAUCUGCAAGAUAUCCACAGGCUGUUGGUGGAGGAUGACGUGACUGUCACCGCCGUCAGGCUCAUUUGAGGCCGUUAGGCGCGGCAAAAUGGGAGUUGCUCCUUUCUGUCGGGAUGUUGACGCCAUACCGGCUCUUAACAUCAAAUGAACUGUUACCCUUGCUUGCAAAAAUUCUGUUUUGACGUUACUUCUGAUGAAUAUUAUAGCUUUUGGUCAAGACUGACUCAAAGUAAUCUGCCCCAUUGUGUAAAUGACCGCAUAUAUACAAUUUUGAAUGGCUAUUUAAAGUUUCUUCAUCUUUUUACCAUUUUUCUUCAAUAAACGUAUACUCUUAU